AUAUCGACUAGACAGGCGAUAAAGCUGCCAAUAAACGAGCGGUGCCCGAUGGACAAAGAAGAGCUUUUUCACCAGCCACACUUUUAUCUUUUCGUGAGCUAACGGGACACAACAAGUUGCUGUGCGAAGAGGAAUUCGUUUUUGUUUUCAAACCUAGUGGACAUCGGGAAGAAAAAUGCAAUACCAACACCCCACGUCCUCAGCAAUGAGUGUAAGUGUUCCUCUUUACGCUCCUACUCCAGUUCAGCCCGUUCACCCUACUCCCUUCUACAUCGAAGAUAUCCUGGGCAGGAAUGUGACUCCGACGUCUACUACAGUGGUUCCGACACCCACCCUGCCGUCUCCAAAUUCGUCCUUUACAAGUUUGGUAGCCCCUUACAGGACUCCUAUAUACGAGCCGACUCCGAUCCAUCCGGCUUUUUCGCACCAUGCAGCCCUGACAACCACUUACGGCACCGGAGCCUUCGCCAACUCUCUCUACCCUUUCCACCGCACAGUAGGGGAUUACACUCACGCGCUAAUCAGGCACGACCCUCUCGGUAAACCGGUUUUAUGGACUCCGUUCAUACAAAGGCCGCUGCACAAAAGAAAGGGAGGUCAAGUGCGAUUCUCCAACGACCAGACCAUUGAACUGGAAAAAAAGUUUGAGACGCAGAAGUAUCUGUCGCCGCCAGAGCGAAAAAGACUCGCGAAGAUGUUGCAGCUCAGUGAAAGACAGGUGAAGACUUGGUUUCAGAAUCGCAGAGCGAAGUGGCGACGUCUCAAGCAGGAAAACCCACAAGGAAGUAAACGGGAUCUGGACGGCGAAAAUUCGGAGAGCCACUGCGAUCAGAGACAGGAGAUGGGUUUGUCUACAGAUCCGGGAAGUAAAGAGAUAGCGCUCAGCAGAUCUCACUCUUCUUCCUCGCCGAUAUCUCAGGGAGAAAUCGAAUCAGAUAUCUCGGACGAUUCGGAUCAAGAGCUGGACAUUGGGGAAGAUAUCAACUUCUCUUUAAAUGCAUAAUAAUGAUAGACUGCUGGAAACGGAGGAAGUAUGCUUAAGACUUGCACUUUCCUUUACCAAAGCACCAACGUUAGGACUUGAUGUGCAUGUAAUUACAGUAUUUGUAAAUAUGUAAAUUUCGCUGAAAGGAAUGACAUCCUUUCAAUAUAAAUUAAUAAAUACGCGUGUAUGUUUUUGUACAUCUCUUCUAGCACAAUAUAGUUUUGUUCAAUUUAAACUAAUUUGUACGAUAUGCAUUAAAGUUUCAUACUGUACGUUUCUUCAAAAUAUAUAUUUUAAUUAAGCAUUUUUAGCGUCCCAGUAUUCUUUGCAUAGUGAAGUCUCUAAGAAAAGGUCAGUUUUGUCCAGACUGUUUAAUAAUGUUUUUUUUGUUUAACGGAAAAUAAAUCACAACAGCAUACAGCCUUU